AUGGGUAGCCAUUCAGAGAAGCCGGUUUUCUUCUUUGACAUUGAUAAUUGCUUAUAUUCACGCAAUUACAAAGUCCUAGAACUCAUGUCAGCUCGCAUCGACGACUACUUCAAAACCCACCUAGGCCUUUCUCCCGAGGAAGCAGAACAUCUUCACAAAGAUUACUACCAACAGUACGGCCAGGCAAUUGAAGGUCUCGUGCGUGAUUUUCAAAUCGACGCGCUCGACUACAACGCUAAAGUCGAUGACGCGCUGCCCCUCGACGACCUCAUCAAACCCAACCCUCAACUGCGAAAGUUCCUUGAGGAAGUUGAUACUUCGAAGGUCAGACUAUGGCUUUUGACGAACGCGUAUGUUAAUCAUGGGCGAAGAGUUGUGAAGUUGCUUGGCGUGGAGGAUCUGUUUGAGGGGUUGACGUACUGUGAUUAUACGAAGAUACCCUUUGUUUGUAAGCCACAGAAGGCGAUGUAUGAGAAAGCUAUGGAAGAGGCUGGGGUUUCUGACGUUUCGAAUUGUUAUUUUGUCGACGACUCGCACAAGAAUGUUGUUGGAGCGCAACAGGCUGGAUGGACGGCUAUUCAUUAUGUAGAAGAGGGAUUUCCUCUUCCCGCGACGCCGGCAUCGCAGUAUCAGAUUCGUAGCCUCGAGGAGUUGCGGUCGCUAUAUCCUCAGUUUUUCAAAGCUUCAUAG